CCCCCCAAAGCCACCGACUUCCUCUUCCUUUGAAAACCGAAAAAGGGGCUUGAAAUUCUCCUUCUUUCUUGUUCAAUAACAAGAUUUAGGACCUAGAACACUCUCCUAAACCCAGAAAAUCCCAGAUCUGCGCUGUUCUUCCCCUUGCUGUCCGUCGGCCUCUGCUAUCCGUGAUUUCUGGUCUUUUUCUGGUAAGAUUCAAGCAUGAAUCCCUCUCUUUAACCUUGAAUUAGGUUGGGUUUACCUAAUUUCCUCUUGUCCCUUCAAUUUUGGUAGCUCCCGUGACAUCCCUUCCCCUUUCCCGAUCUCUGCCAAGCUCGCCAGAUCCGGCUUCUAUUGCUGGAAAUAUUCUGGUGCUGUUGUGGCUUAAAACUCUGGGGUCGAGUUUCCUGUUUAUGCCAAGUGAGGUAGUAUGACCCGAGACACGGAAACCAUGGGAAGUGACGAGUUAGAAGGCUAGCCAUUUCGAGAUUGAUAUAAUUUUAGAAAUAAAUCAUGUUUUUGUAAGAUAGGUUUUACCUUGUGAUUUUAAGUUUAAGUCAUGUUGGACAUAGAAUUAUUGAAAUAUCUUAUUUAAGUUAUUGGAUUGUCAGAUGUGAAUUGGAUGAGUUGCGAGCCUUGUGCAUUUGUGGGACCCUCUCACGAGUGCACGGCAUCUGUCGCGCCUCGAAUUCGGGUUUUGGGGCGUGACACCAGUGCCUGGUUCCAUCAAGACCCAGGCCCUGGGUUCCAUCAAGACCCAAGCCCUGGGUUCCAAGCAACCCAGGCGUGGAACCCAUGAAGCCUCGGUAUGCAUCUGAUGUGUCAAGUUAUUUGGACACGUCAUCAUGCUCCAGUUAAUUAACGGGAAAUAUCACUGAAUUUUUAACGGAGGGACUAAAUCGGGGUCAAAAUGGUAAAUAGUAUGGACCAAAUCAGGGAUUUUUUGAGUUGAGGGACUAAGUCGGGGGUCCGUACGAUAGUUGAGGGACCAAAAUGGGGGUUUAACCAAAGUAAUUGCUCUCCAACUUCAAGAGCCGCUUCUACAUAUCCUCCGUGAUUGCUCAACCAGAGCGUGAAGAACAUUAGGAAGGCCUCACAUUGUACUCACCCUAUACGUAUUGGCAAUUUUAUGUUCAGUCUUCAUGUAAUUUCUUGUGUCAUUUCAUUUCUCUCUUUAUUUUCUCCUAGUUAUUGUCUGUCUAUCAAACUCUCUAGUGUUAUGAUGCAAUUAGACGUGCAAAAGAGGCUAAACAACGUGUAUUCAAUAAGCCUCCAUAUAUAUACAAUGUGUAAGUGAUGCCCUAGUUAAAUAAAAGGCACCUUAGUUA